AUGUCGACUUCUUUAUUUCCCACACCGGUACCUCGACGUAAAUACCCGGUGGAAUUUAAAGCCGGUAAACUUAUAAGAGAGGAAAACAUGUUAAAAGCCGAUGAAAGGAAGGGGUUAAUCUAUAUGGAUCAGGGGGAAGACCAACUAAUGCAUUUCUACUGGAAAGACAGGAAAACAGGAAAAUUAGACGAUGCAUACGAAGCUGAAUUUACCCGGGUAGAACAAUGCACCACUGGACGCGUAUAUUUACUUCAUUUCAAAUCAUCAAAUCAAAAGUUAUUCUUUUGGAUGCAAGAUGCUAAAGAUGAUAAAGAUGAAGAAAACGCUAAUAAAGUGAAUCGAUUACUUAAUGAUCCACAAGGUGGAUUAGCCGAAAGUAGGCAGCAUCAAGGUGGUAGUAGUUCAAGCCAAUUGGGUAGUUCAUUCCGUUCAAUGGAUGAUUUGGCCGGAUUCAAUAUGGAUCAAGAACAAUUAUUGCAACUUCUCCGAGGUCACGCUAGUGAACCACAAUCUGCUACAGCCGCAACAUCUGAAGCAGGUUCUGGUGCACAAACAUCUGAACAUCUCUUAACUUCUGAACAAUUGAAUAAUUUAAAGAAUAUCUUGUCAGGAGUACAAUUGCCUGAAGAAGGAACUAGUCAGACAGAUGUGAAUUUAACAAACGUUCUUAAUCCUUCUAUAAUUGGCCCAUUAUUGAACGAUCCCGAGAUUGCAUCUGCUUUGUUCCCAAAUCUACCCUCUGAUGUCAAUCGAACACCCGAAGAAUUAAUUCAAAGCCCACAGUUUGCUCAG